UUCAUGGGUAGCGUAUUUACAAAGGAGCCUCCUCCGCCAGCCCGUGCCACCGCUGCUAAUGAGAGCGGUCAUUAAGUAAAUGAGACAUCGCCUUUAGCUGGCUUAGGAGUUCGCACACUGAGGGGAGAAGAUAUUUAAUUGAAACCCACACACAGGCUUCCCCACACGUGACUGCGGUGAGGGAGGCAGCUGCCUUCCCCUCCCCCGUCCUCCCCCCACACCCCCCCAUGUAAAUUUCAUGAUUGCUUUCCGUGAUGUCAUUUUGAAAGAGGACAGACAAUAGCUGUGGGGAAAGAAAAUGAAUUCCGGGGCAAACUUCUGACCCAGAGGUGGACACAGGAAGACAAGACCAGCAGCUGCAGAACUGAGAAACAUUUCCUGUGCAGAUACAACAAAAUGAGCUUAGAAAGUGAUGACAAGCGAGCCCGCACGCGGUCCAAGACCCUCCGAGGACCCCCAGAAACCACAGGGGCAGACCUCAGCUGUCCUACCCCAGGGUGUACUGGUUCAGGACAUGUUCGGGGAAAGUACUCCAGACAUCGAAGCUUACAGAGUUGCCCUCUGGCCAAGAAGAGAAAACUGGAGGAUGCUGAGGCUGAGCACCUGGUAUCCAAAAGGAAGUCACACCCUCUGAGGCUGGCUUUGGAUGAAGGCUACCGAAUGGACAGUGAUGGCAGUGAGGAUGCCGAGGUGAAGGACGCCUCUGUUUCGGAUGAAUCAGAAGGUCCCCUGGAGGAGGCGGAGGCUGAGAUGUCAGGACAGGAGGAGAUUCAUCACCCCCAGCCAGCUGAAGGAAAAAGCCUCAUCAAAUCCCAUUUUGGAUCCAACUCCACAAGCAGCUCUUCUGGCUUCUCCAAAGGAAGCUACAGCAGCUACCAGGGAAUCAUCGCAACUUCCCUUCUAAAUCUGGGCCGAAUUGCUGAAGAGACCCUUGUGCAGGAGGAUUCAGUCCCAGUAGCUAAGUUGGGCCCCACUGCUGUUCAUCAACUUCAGGAUGAGGCUGCAAUGGGGGCCAGCAAUGAUGAAGCUGAAAAGGACCUCUUUAUACAGCCAGAGGAUGUGGAGGAGGUCAUUGAAGUCACCAGUGAACGUUCCCAAGAGCCAUGCCCCCAGUCUCUGGAGGAUACGGUUAGUGAAGAGUCAAACAAGCAGAAAGGUGUCCUAGGUCAUGAGGAGGAGGGAGAGGAUGAGGAGGAGGAUGAAGAAGAAGAGGAGGAGGAAGAGGAGGAAGGAGAAGAGGUAGAGGACGAAGAUGAAGAGGAAGAAGAGGAAGAAGAAGAGGAGGAGGAAGAAGAGGAGGAAGAAGCAACUCCAAAUGUGAUCUUUGGGGAAAACACUCCCCCUACCUCUGCCCAGAAGCCUUCCUCUGAGUUCCGAGGCCCAGAGCUAUCCAGUCCCAAGCCUGAGUAUUCAGUCAUUGUGGAGGUCCGUUCUGAUGAUGACAAGGAUGAAGACUCACAUUCCCAGAAGUCAGCAGUCACAGAUGAAUCAGAGAUGUAUGACAUGAUGACCCGUGGGAAUCUGGGCCUUCUGGAGCAGGCCAUCGCCCUGAAGGCUGAGCAGGUGCAUACUGUCUGUGAGCCAGGCUGCCUGCCUGCUGAGCAGGGCCAUCUGGGCCCAGGAGAGCCAGGGAAGGUGGCAAAGCCCCUGGAUGUGGUGAGGAAGAGCUGCUACAGCAAAGAUCCUUCCAGGGUGGAGAAGCGUGAAAUCAAGUGUCCGACACCUGGCUGUGAUGGCACUGGGCAUGUUACUGGGUUGUAUCCUCAUCACCGUAGCCUGUCUGGCUGUCCCCACAAGGAUAGAAUCCCUCCAGAGAUCUUGGCCAUGCAUGAAAAUGUGCUGAAGUGCCCCACGCCUGGCUGCACGGGCCAAGGCCAUGUGAACAGCAACCGCAAUACCCACAGAAGUUUGUCUGGGUGUCCCAUUGCUGCUGCUGAAAAAUUAGCCAAAUCUCAUGAGAAGCAGCAACUGCAGACAGGAGAUCCUCCCAAAAAUAACUCCAAUUCAGAUCGGAUCCUCAGGCCCAUGUGCUUUGUGAAGGAGCUGGAGGUUCCUCCUUAUGGGAGCUACCGACCCAGUGUGGCUCCCGCCACGCCCAGGGCCAACUUGGCCAAGGAGCUGGAGAAGUUCUCCAAAGUCACCUUUGACUACGCAAGUUUUGAUGCUCAGGUUUUUGGCAAACGUAUGCUUGCCCCAAAGAUUCAGACCAACGAAACCUCACCCAAAGCCUUCCAAUGCUUCGAUUACUCUCAUGAUGCUGAGGCUGCACACAUGGCUGCCACUGCCAUUCUGAACCUCUCCACUCGAUGCUGGGAGAUGCCAGAGAACCUCAGCACAAAGCCACAGGACCUCCCCAGCAAGGCUGUGGACAUUGAGGUAGAUGAAAAUGGAACUCUGGACUUGAGCAUGCAUAAACAUCGCAAGCGGGAAAGCAACACUUUCCCCAGCAGUGGCAGUUGCGGUAGCAGCCCUGGUGUCAAGUCUCCUGAUGUCUCUCAGCGCCAGAGCACUACCAGUGCCCCCAGCAGCUCCAUAACCUCACCCCAGUCCAGCCAGGCAUCCCGCCAGGAUGAGUGGGACCGUCCCCUAGACUACACCAAACCCAGCCGCCUUCGCGAGGAAGAGCCUGAGGAGUCAGAGCCAGCAGCACAUUCUUUUGCUUCUUCUGAAGCAGAUGAUCAGGAGGUGUCAGAAGAGAACUUUGAGGAGCGGAAGUACCCAGGGGAAGUCACCCUGACCAACUUUAAGCUGAAAUUUCUUUCCAAGGACAUAAAGAAGGAGCUUCUCACCUGUCCCACCCCUGGCUGUGAUGGCAGUGGUCAUAUCACCGGGAACUAUGCCUCCCAUCGCAGCCUCUCUGGUUGCCCUCUUGCUGACAAGAGCCUCAGAAACCUCAUGGCUGCCCACUCUGCUGACCUCAAGUGCCCCACACCUGGCUGUGAUGGCUCUGGCCACAUAACAGGGAACUAUGCUUCACAUCGGAGUUUGUCAGGCUGCCCACGUGCCAAGAAGAGUGGACUCAAGGUGGCGCCUACCAAGGAUGACAAGGAGGACCCCGAGUUGAUGAAGUGCCCAGUUCCAGGCUGUGUGGGGCUCGGCCAUAUCAGUGGCAAAUAUGCCUCUCACAGGAGUGCUUCUGGCUGCCCGCUGGCUGCUCGGAGGCAGAAAGAGGGUACUCUCAAUGGUUCAUCUUUCUCCUGGAAGUCGCUGAAGAAUGAGGGCCCUACUUGCCCAACCCCAGGCUGUGACGGCUCUGGCCAUGCCAAUGGCAGCUUCCUCACCCACCGAAGUUUGUCUGGCUGUCCCAGAGCAACCUUUGCUGGAAAGAAAGGAAAACUCUCAGGUGAUGAGACUCUCAGCCCAAAGUUCAAGACAAGCGAUGUGCUGGAGAAUGAUGAGGAGAUCAAGCAGCUAAAUCAGGAGAUACGAGACCUGAAUGAGUCCAACUCGGAGAUGGAGGCUGCCAUGGUACAGCUGCAGUCCCAGAUCUCUUCCAUGGAGAAGAACUUGAAGAACAUUGAGGAGGAGAACAAGCUCAUUGAGGAGCAGAAUGAGGCCCUAUUUCUGGAAUUGUCCGGGCUGAGCCAGGCCCUCAUCCAAAGUCUUGCCAAUAUCCGCCUUCCACACAUGGAGCCAAUAUGUGAACAGAAUUUUGACGCCUAUGUGAACACCCUCACUGACAUGUACUCCAAUCAGGAUUGCUACCAGAACCCGGAGAACAAAGGCCUUCUGGAAACGAUCAAGCAAGCUGUGAGGGGCAUUCAGGUUUAGGCUGCACUGCGCAGAGGAGUCUCCACUCUGCUCCUCACAGUGGGACUUCUGACUUAUAGCUACUUCUAACUGGCACCGCCUGGGUGGAGCCUUGGGCAGCUUACCCAAAGGGAAGCCUGGAAAUCAGUGUCUCCUAUGAUGUCCUCAUUAGGCCCAGGCAUGAAGACCUCUCUACAUGGAUGUCUGGUGACACUGAAGUAUUACAAAGUGAUUUAUUUUUGCUUUUUGAAAGAAAUCUGAAGAGCAGCUCAAAGUCUCCAGUGGAAGCUCAUGGACAAGGUUCUCAGGGAAGUUUUGGAGUUUGCAGCCACAGUAUUCCAUUGUCUGUCGAGAUGGGGAGGGCAGCCAUGGACUUGGUGGGUGUUAGUCUCAGCAGGAGGGCAUGCCUAGGCUUCUGGAAAUGCUCACUGAGGCCCAUGUGGCAAGUAUGUUUUGUGUUUUCAUUUAAUUCAGCUUUGUGUUAAAGGUGCAUAAUGAUCUGCUUCAGAGGUGAAUCUAGGGACAGGCCUUCCAGAUGGCAGUCUACACAACUGAUGGGCAUCAUAGGAAGUCAGCUGACGGUAUUUUUCACUUGGAGGCCCUGGAAAUCAGCCACUUGCCUGGGAAGCAGAUGCCUGUAAACCAUGCAGACCAGCUUCCUCCUGGCUCCAGUCUUUAAACCCCUGGCCUGGUCUCUAAGUCCAGGACCACUGGGCCAGGCUUCUUCUGUCUGUAUUUCCACCCAGGUGCUAGACCAACCAUUGCUAUCUUUUCCUGUGUAGGCUUGCUCUCUGUAUUCAAGGUGACUAAAGUGGGGACCGUGAGAUCAGAGGUUAAUUGUUAAUGGGAGACCACCAAGAUUUCACUUCUUUUUAGAUCCAUUCAAGAUGUGAAAAGGGUAACUUUUAAUUUAAUGUGUUAAAAACACUAUGUUCUUACUGUGUAAAUAGAGUCCAAGUCAAUUAUGACUGCAAUUCCAAAUUAGUAUUUAAAAGUAGAGAAAUUGCACUUCCUGGAAGACACUGAAAGUAGCUAGUUUAUUCUGUAAAUUAUUUAAUUUUGUCAUGAUAUAAGUAUUUAUAUUCAUACCCUCUUAUGUUAAAUGUUUGGUAUUUAUUAUUUUAUUUAUUAAUUUUAUACUAUUUCAACUAGACUACACACUUGGGCACCAUAAGAGUUACAUAAGUUAAAUCAAAACAAAAACAUUUAUUUGACUAUAAGAUAGGCCACAAAGAAUCUUGAUAUAACUCCUAGUUAUAAUUUUGAUGCAACUGAGUUAUUUUAUAUAUAUUUUGUUAUUUAUUCUUUUAAUAAUGGAAUUUUUUAAAAAAGUAUUUUGUAACUGAGGAAUUUUGAUAAUUUGGGUUUUCUCACCAUUGGUCCAGCAGAGAGAAAGGUGUUCUGGUUUUCUUUCUCCCUUUGAGUUCCUUUUGUCAGGCCAAUAACAGCAAAUGGAAUUCUGUAUUUAUUAUUAUUUGCGUGUAGUGCAGAUGUGUGUGUUCUGGUGUUUCUUGUGUUGCAUUUGUGGAGGUUCUUAUGGAUGAUUCAUGUUGCUGUGAGGAAGUGCUGGCCAUGAUCAGUUCUAGGUAGCAGCCUGGACACACUGGCCAAGCUGCCCAGGACCUUGAUACCCCAAUACUGUGACCCUCCUUCCUCAGGAAACACGUUGGACCCACAGUACUUCGUGGUGUGUUUGGAGGGUGAUUUCUAAUAAAAGUCUCACUGUGCAUAGGUGCUAUGGUCUGUGAGGAGGCUGCUGCUCCGCUCCCUGUGCUUCAGGGAGUACUGUGUGGGUGGGCAUGGCUCUUUUAAGUCUUUCUAUGGUACUAAUGUGGAUCAGCCAACACUUCUGCUGGGCCUGCCUUCACCGAAGUGUGGUUCUUCAAGGUCUAACUCACUGCAUCUUACCUUUUCCCACAAGCCAGGCAUGUCCAAAUUAUGUUUUUUUUUUUUGCCCCCAGGAGUUUUCUCUUAUAUUGAGGAAGAAACAGUCAUCCUGUCUGAGUUGCUAGAUUAGAGGUGUGCAGUGUCCCUGUGUUUUCACACCGUCUUUCUUAGCCAUGAGUAGACGAGAGCUUAGACAUUCUGGAGGGAGGCAGAGGUAAGAACUAAGUUAGAAGGUGAAGGAAGAGAGCUCUAUGAUGACUUCAGAGUUAUUAGAUCUAGCCAUGCCUGAACACAGUCUACUCUUGAACUUCCUGUAUGUGAGGCAGUGGGUUCCUUUUAUUUGUUUUAGUUCAUGUGUUUUGACUUUGUUUGCCCUUCAGAGUCACUUUUCCACUGUUGCACUCCGGUAACAGGUGGAUUUCUAGUUUUCCCAAGUUCAGAUUUCCAUUUAAGGCAAGUCAAAUUCAAUCAGACUUCUCUAGGAAUGUUGCCUAUAGGUCUUAUGAUAUAUAGGCAGAACUCAUCUUCCCUGACAAAUUCUUAGAAACUCUGGGAUUUAUUUCCAGCUUCUGUUCCAGUCAGGUAAAGCCCUGGGUGCUGGGGCCAUACACCAGUGGACCAUGCAGAAUCUGCAUAACUGUGAGGAAGAAUUCCUGGAGAUUUCUUUUGCCAAGGCUAUACCAUGGAUAGUAGUGGUUUGGGGUUGCAACCCUUCAUGUGGACAUAGGUGUUAUAGCAUGGGCCAGGGUGUGGACAAGCAGAGCAUCUCUGAUGCAAACUGAGCUCAUCCUAGGUUCUGAAAACUGGGGACAGUAAUGGUCGUUGAUGGAGUAAAAGAGAAGAGGGUGUUGCCAGAACUCCGGUAUGACUGCCCACAGAGGUAAGUAGCUGAGACUAGAACCAUGGAAGAAUGAGAUGCCAUCAGAGGAAAGGCCCACAUCUGCCCUCAUGUGAAAACGACAGCCUUGUGUUUGGGUCAUUAACCCUGUUCUAUCAUUGCCCACAGUUUUCUUUUUUUUGAUUUUGAAGCCUGUCAUACACCAUUGAAAAACUGCAUGUCAGGGGAACUUCUCACCCCAUUAUCCAACCUAGAACCUCUUCUUAAUCAUACACAGCACAAAUAACUGGCCCAGGAAACACAAAAGGUUUAUUUAAAGAACUUCCAAAUAAUUCCAAAGAGCUGGAAUGCCCAAAAUCACCAAAGUGUGUAAAAGCAGUUUGUCAAGGACAAGAGUUCAUCCUUAGUGAGUUUUGUUAAGAUCUGAUGACACAUCUAUCUGUUUUUGGUCUUUGUGGAGCUUUCAAGCACUAUAUAUAACUAAGAACACAAUGUAGGGGGUGGAAGGCUCCAGAGGUUACUAUCACAGCUGUAGUGGGUAUGUGUGCAUGGGUCACAGAGGACUUUAGAAGUAGGAGACUUGUGAACAACUGAGGAAAGAACAAUACCUAGUCUCAGACUCUAAAUAGAGUUAUGGUCUGUCUGAUGCACAACUGCCUUUAGCAGGAGCUCCAGCCCAUGGCUGACCAGUUGGCUGCCAUAGUAUGAUCAAAUUUUCCUUUGACUUCCCUAAGAUGGGUGGUUGUUAAGACUUCUGAUGGAGGCCAUGUUUGGGAUCUGGCUAGUGGUUUGUCAUACAGGGAGUUCUUAGAA